UAAAAAUGAGCACGUUGGCUGGACCCGUCCCAAGGAUGAUGCGGCCAGCCCCAGGACAGAAUUACCCUCGCAGCAGCGGGUUCCCAUUGGAAGUGUCAACGCCUUUAGGUCAAGGGAGAGUGAACCAGCUCGGAGGAGUUUUUAUAAAUGGCCGGCCUCUGCCAAAUCACAUCAGGCACAAGAUAGUAGAAAUGGCCCAUCACGGCAUCAGACCGUGUGUCAUCUCCCGGCAGUUGAGGGUCUCCCACGGUUGUGUCUCUAAAAUCCUCUGCAGAUACCAGGAGACGGGCUCCAUCAGGCCAGGGGCCACUGGGAGCAAACCCAGGCAAAUGGCAAUACCAGACGUGGAAAAAAAGAUCGAGGAGUACAAGAAAGAGAAUCCUGGAAUGUUUAGUUGGGAAAUCCGGGAUAAGUUAUUGAAAGACGGCAUGUGUGAUCGGAACACCAUUCCCUCAGUGAGUUCAAUAAGUCGCAUUCUGAGGAGUAGAUUCGGAAAGAAAGAGGAUGAAGAGGAAGACUGUGAAAGGAAGGAAUAUGAAGACAGCGAUAAAAAGACCAAACACAGUAUAGACGGCAUUCUGGCAAGCAAGGCAAAUAAUUCAGAUGAAGCAUCAGAUAUUGACUCAGAGCCAGACCUGCCUCUGAAGAGGAAACAGCGUCGCAGUCGCACAACGUUUACAGCAGAACAAUUAGAGGAAUUAGAAAGAGCAUUUGAGAGAACUCAUUAUCCAGAUAUCUACACUCGAGAGGAACUUGCACAAAGAGCUAAGCUUACAGAGGCACGAGUGCAGGUUUGGUUCAGCAAUCGUCGAGCUCGUUGGAGAAAACAAGCAGGAGCCAAUCAACUAUUGGCAUUUAAUCAUUUGAUUCCUGGAGGAUUCCCACCCACAGCAAUGCCAGCGCUGUCUCCUUAUCAGCUGUCUGAUGCCAGUUAUCCUCCUACAUCCAUACCACAGGCAAUCUCAGAUCCAAGCAACACAGUUCACAGGCCACAGCCUCUGCCUCCAACAUCAGUUCACCAGAGCAGCCUCCCUUCGACUCCAGACAGCAGUUCUGCUUAUUGCUUAUCCACCAGCAGGCAUGGAUUUUCAGGGUACACAGACAGCUUUGUGUCUCCUGCAGGGUCUGCCAAUCCCAUGAAUCCAACGGUUAGCAACGGCCUCUCACCUCAGGUAAUGGGUCUCCUGGCAAAUCCUGGUGGUGUUCCGCAUCAACCACAAACUGACUAUGCUCUAUCACCACUAACUGGAGGUCUGGAACCUUCCACUUCAGUAUCUGCCAGCUGCAGUCAGCGGCUGGACCCUAUGAAACCUCUUGACAGCUUACCCACCACUCAAUCAUAUUGCCCAUCAACUUAUAGCUCCUCAGGUUACAGCAUGGAUGCAGUCGCAGGAUACCAGUAUGGACAAUAUGGGCAAAGUAAGUGCCAUGUAAAUCUAAGCAAUACAUUUACCUAUAAAAAUGCUUACCCACCCCAUCCUUCAUCGAUUUGUAUAAAAAUGUGUGACUCAGUGUACAAACUUUGAUGCAUGUAAAAUUCAGUAUGACUUAAUAGUCUUGUAUACAAAUAUGUUUUGAAAUAAUUACAAAAUAAAUUGUUCAUUUAGUAUGUUUUGGCACAUAGUGCAACAUCCUAGCCACAUGCACAAGGAGAACAUGCGGAUGUUAAGAGGAGCAUGUUCGUCUUUGGUCAACAUUUUAAAGUUGAUUCAGCGGAACCAUGACAAGGGGAAGGAUCAAUAUCACCUUCAAGAAAUUUCAGAAUUAAAUUAUAUUAAAUUUGAGAAAGAAAAGUUGACAUUUUUCUAUACUGUGUAGUUGUAUUAUCCGAAAACAUAAUCCCUUACCCUGCAUUAGGAUAGCAUUUUAGACAUUGGAAGUUACUAUA